CUGGGAUAGCAGACCCCUCAGCACCACCCAUUCUCCUCAUCCCUCUGCUCUCUGGCCUCCAGCCUCCCAGCAGCAUGGCUUUCACCGGCAAGUUCGAGAUGGAGAGUGAGAAGAAUUAUGAUGAGUUCAUGAAGCUCCUUGGGAUCUCCAGCGAUGUAAUCGAAAAGGCCCGCAACUUCAAGAUCGUCACGGAGGUGCAGCAGGAUGGGCAGGACUUCACUUGGUCCCAGCACUACUCCGGGGGCCACACCAUGACCAACAAGUUCACUGUUGGCAAGGAAAGCAACAUACAGACAAUGGGGGGCAAGACGUUCAAGGCCACCGUGCAGAUGGAGGGCGGGAAGCUGGUGGUGAAUUUCCCCAACUAUCACCAGACCUCAGAGAUCGUGGGUGACAAGCUGGUGGAGGUCUCCACCAUCGGAGGCGUGACCUAUGAGCGCGUGAGCAAGAGACUGGCCUAAGCAGCCAGGCCCGGCCCAGGGAGCUACAAACCCACCAAUAAAACUGAUAUAAGGACAGACGCUGCUCGCUCCAGAACCUCUUUGUUUUUCUUUUCUGGUGUCUUGGGAUGGCCUCUGGCUGGGUGAGGGUGGGAAAGCCCCCAAGGGUGGCCACAUGGGCCACACAUUGACCCUGAGAUCCCUGUGGGAUUCAUGUCAUGGCGGAGGAAGACAUGAAUGUGGAUGACUGCAAUGCUCCUGCC